GCUGUGUGGAGCUGCAGACAUGGAUGACGGCGACGAGCUCGGAAUAGUUCUCUCCCACAACACAUCCUCUGGUUCCAAGUCGGGUGGUGACAAGAUGUUUUCUCUAAAAAAGUGGAACGCCGUUGCGAUGUGGAGUUGGGAUGUCGAAUGUGAUACUUGCGCCAUUUGCCGGGUGCAAGUGAUGGAUGCAUGUCUCCGAUGCCAGGCGGAAAACAAGCAAGAGGACUGUGUUGGUAAGCUAAUGUCAGUUGCAAAACACACAUGCUAAUGUUUAGUCGUU